UCCCUAUCAUCGAUCUUCGUCAGCGUUCACCAUCUCUCACAGUCAGCUGGCGACAUGCUAGGAACAAAGACUCGGCAGGUUGCUGCGUAUGGCCGACGAGGACACAGGAUCGUCAACGUUGACGACAGCGGCCGCGAGGCUAACGUGAAGAACGACUCUGUGGCUCUACCCCAGCACCGCAUUGAUGAUAGCAUACAAACCCCACGCUCGACUCGAUAUGGUGUCUACUCUGUCUAUUCUGCUACGGCAAGCCCAGAUAUGGCCCCGCCAGAGUUCACGUUGAAGACGAAGCCUGUUGCGAACAAGACUGGCGACCUGGCUAAGGCCAAGAAAAUCAGGUCCGACACUCGCGUGCGGAAGCCUCUGGCCAUGGUCCCGGCCAAUGUACUGUCAGGCACUGUGAAGGCUUCUCGGUCCCCGCUUGCGAAGAAGCCAGUCCAGAAGCUGAGGCUUGGGACCGCAACAGGGAAGAGAGCCAAGGCGCAAACUAGGAUUCCCCUCUCCAUGAAACCUGUCUCACUCACCGUCGACGUGGAGAUAUUAGUCCUCGAUGACACAGGAAAGCAAUUUGGCGUUGAGAAGCGCAAGACCAAUCCAACGAUUCCCACAAACCCCCUCCCUCGAGCUGUAUCUAAGCCAGCAAAGGGCAAAGGGCCUAUCUUAAAGUCUCUCCAGACAUCCAUAGACGAAGAGGACACCCCUUCGACUCGCGCUCGACAAGCCGCGCCAAAGCGGCGUCGCGCAGUUAUUAUCUCGUCUGACGAGGACUCAGAUAUAGAAGUCUUCUCCGGUCCUGAGCCGAAAUCGAAUUGUGGGCCACCUCCAGCCUCGCCACCUCCUCGGUUACCUUCUCUCGCGAAACGCAGAACCACCGUCCUUUCUUCCCCAGAAGGCACACACUCUUCCUCAUCAUCGCGCGAUAUAAUACGCCCUCCCUCACCUAUCACCAGGCCUGCCAGAGCACGUUUAGACUGUCAGCCUGGUAAAUCAGCACACUCGAGAUCUAAUACACAUGCGCAACCGUCCCGUCUCUCAGUCGGCCUAGAACAAGCUGGAAAAUAUAAGCCUCGCCCGCUCACGCCCAUCCGCUCGCGUGCAGCCUUCCCUGCACCUCCCUCGCCACCUUCGCCUACGACGCCUAGUGAAACUGACGCCGAGCUCUCGUUCGACUUUGCCGAACUUGCACUAUCUCCCAAUACCAUCCGCAGCAUCGAGGCAGAGGCCACAGGCUUGAAGUGGGACGCGCCAAAUCAGCCAGUGUAUCUGCAACCGCUCUUGAAGGAGUGCGGGCAGGACGCACCACAUGAGUUCUCCGCAUUCAUCGAGAUGUUCCCCUUCGACCCCAUCGUGCAGACCUCGCAUAAUGGUGUCAACAUCCAAACUUCUUCAGGCACGAAGGCAGCCUUCCGGAAGAUCGGCGAGGCGUCAUACUCUGAGGUUUUCGGCAUUGGGGAUGUUGUGCUCAAGAUCAUACCACUGCGAAACGAGGAGCCUGUCAAGAAGGGCAGACUUUUCACGGAUGACAUGGAAUGCCCUGCACCUAGUGAUGUGAAAGACGUCUUGAAAGAGAUCGUCGUCACGAGAGCAAUGGGAGAGCUGUGCAUUGGAUUCGUUGAGUUGCUCAGGACGUAUAUCGUUCGCGGAAAGUAUCCUUCAUUACUUCUCGAUCUCUGGGAUGAAUAUCACGAGAGGAAGGGAAGCGAAAGUGUCAGGCCUGAUAGCUUCCCUGUGUCGCAAGUUUAUGCGAUCAUUGUUCUCCCGAACGGCGGCCCUGAUCUUGAAUCGUACACUUUCACCUCAUCCUCGAGGAAUGGCUGGAGACAGGCAUGCAGUUUGUUCUGGCAAGUCACGCGAGCCUUGGCGGAAGCUGAAGAUCUGGUUGAAUUUGAGCAUAGAGACCUUCACUGGGGCCAAAUCCUCGUAAAGAACGUCGAGGAAGAUGUCACCGAAGUUCCCCACCCGAAGAUGGGCAAGGUCCCGAUGGACGACGACUUCUUUGGCGUCCGCGCGACAAUUAUUGACCUCGGGUUGUCGCGCAUGAACGCGGACGACGGUGCCAGGAGAUCGGUGCAUUGGACGCCAUUCGACGAGGAAACUUUCGAGGGUGAGGGGGACUACCAGUUCGAGGUGUAUCGUAUGAUGCAAAUGCAUAACGAAGGCGAGUGGAAGAAGUACCGGCCGUUGACGAACGUCAUGUGGCUGCACUACCUCGUCGACAAACUUCUUCACUCAAAACGCCUUCGGAAGCCUUACGCUUCCAAGGCCGCCAAGCCCACCCGGACGUCGCUUGAUUCACGCGUUUUCUCCGAGGCUGAGUGUCAUGCAAGCCUUGUCGAAGUCGAGGCGUCUCUUAAGGAGACCGUGGAUGCCUUCCGGGUGUCCAAGAAGGGUCGACGCAAGACCCAGGCGGUGUCGAAAGCGAGUGAGCCCGGUGCUCUGGGUUGUGCGGGCGACGUGCUGGGGAUGGCACGCGAGCGUGGGUGGCUGAGCUGACUUUUCUACAUGCAACGUUAUGUGGUGUAUUGAGAUGUACUUUAAAUCACGACGAUACCCGUGAUAUCCCGUCAUCGAGUCCUUGCAAUGAUGUGCAAACGACGAAUAAGACCUUUGAAGGGCGCCAUGCGCAAUCAAUUAAAUUAGAGAAUGACGAAGUGGUUUCGUGUACAAAAACACAAAAAAGUACAGCGGAGUACAAUGAGUACAACAGAGACGGUUGACAGCGAUUAGCGAUGGGGAGGGUAUAAUCCUAGGGAUGUAAUGCUAAAAACUAGGGGAGGAGAUACAAAGGGGAAACAGCAUUAAGCGAUAGCAGGGAUACAUGAGGAGCAGAUAAAAUGGGAGGGAUUAGACAUAGACGGAUACACGGGCUAUUGGCAAAGCACAACAAUCCAGUACACACAAUUCUUUCCUGGCAAAUAAAAUUAGGAUGGUUGGGAAUGCGGCGGGGUAGGCUACCGCCUGGCGGGCUGCUUGCCCUUCAUGGUGCGAGGACUCCUCCGCACGGCGCCUGACACAGCCUUCGGGCUGCCUGCCACCUGCUUCGCCGUGCUGGAGCGCGUCUUGCGAUCACCACCUGCCUGCCUUUUGCUGGGCGUGGCACUACGGGACGCAGGCUUCUCCUUGGUGGCCCGGUCGCGCGGCGCGUGUUGACCCGUGUCCGCAGAGGCUUGCGGCGACACGUUAUACGCUGAAGAGAUGUCCCGGAGGGAUGGGCGACGACCGCGGACAAUGAGAUUUGAAGUGCCACCGUCAUGCUGACCAGCUGACAGCGAUGGAGUGGACGACAGCGAGGUGAGACUCGAGCAGCUGAGGCUGGAGCUGCGACUGAGAAUGUGUGCUGCCAUCGGUAACACGGGGGUUUGUUCCCGAGUUAAGCCUGUUGGCGACGUUUGGCCCGCGAGGGGCUCAUCAACAUCCAUCGCGACCUCUACAAACUCGUGCUUUAUCCCCGGCGAAACCGCUCCAUUGACUGCGGCGCGCGCGCCAUUUGGGGUAGGGGGAGGCGUGGCGAUCCACGGUUCCGACAUCGAUGCGCCUUGCGCCUGAGACGAAGAUGCACCCGCAGAGGAAGGGGUCAUUGGGGGAGUGAGUAUCACGUUUAACGACCCAAUGACUGGGGUAGACGGUGGCGUAGGAUCGCAUGGCCCCUGGCUCGAGGGACCUUCCUGAAAUCCGCCCAGUCCUGAGAAGCUGCUACUCGGAGGCAUACCCUGGCUUUGUGGGUCAGGCUCGGUUGGUCUUCGCUCGAGCCUCGGCCGCUUGGCUUUUCUGCUGCCCUGACUCGAGGACACGCCCUGACUGCUGGGCCCCGCGGCGGCCUCGGCCUCAGGCUCGAGCAUGUCGCGUGUCCGUUUGAGAGGCUGCGGGCCCCUGCGUUUCUCUUUGCGCUUCAGCGAAAGCUUCGGCACGGGUGGCAGCUUGUUCUCAAACGCGUAGUCGCGCACUUUUAUGCCGUGCUGGGCGAGCAUGUGCGCGUGAAAGCUCCUGCGCUCCUCUGCCCAAUCCUCCGGCUCCUCGUUACUCUCUACAUAGCGAAUCCGAGGCUCCCUUUUGUGCUUGAACCGCCGCCGGGGGUCGCGCGGUUCUCUCAACUCAAGGAAGCUGGGAUCUGUCGGGUAUGGCUGCGGUUGACUUGAGGAUGUGGCCCAACAAGAACAGUGGGUCUCACUCACAGUCGGGUACAAAUCGUCGUUUGGGGGCGCCAUCGAAAACAUCGCAAGACUCGCGAUGGCUGCCACUGAGGCACCGACCCACUUCAAACCCUCUACUACUAUAUGAUUCAUCGCGUGCGAACUUUGGCUUUUCCCUUUUCGACACCCGGAGUGCAGCGUUCAACGUUCAGCGCUCGCGGGUGCGGCGGCGGGGGGGAGGGGGAUGUGGUGGUGGAAGAGGGUUGUGGAUGAGCGGCAGGGGGAAGGCGGAGGUUAUAUAACGCGUGACACGAGUUGGAAACGUUGGCGGCAAACGUCGGGGGCGCGAACGCGCCCUCUCCGUGGACCCAUUGUUACCCAGAUUUGGAUCGUCGGUGGUGUGUGACACGUGAUAGUAACAAUAGACGUGACAGCCCU